AUGUUUGAGAAUGUCCGGUUCAAUAAUUUAAAGUCUGAAAGAUGGACCCAUGGAGGACUUGAUGACGAGGGAACCAACGUUUUGCCAGUUCUUCUUGAGCAAAGAAACCAAGAAGUUGAUAGCCAUCAUGAUUUGGGUGACAAGAGCAUCCUCCUCCAUCUCAACGUGGCCAACAGCGACAGCCAAACACAAAACCUUCUUAAGUUGGAACUUAAUGGUGGACUUCACAUCGGUAACCUUGGAGUACAAGUCGUCGUUGUGAGAGACUGGAGUUGGGAACUUACCAGCCUUGGACAACUGAGGACCCAAAAGUCUUGGAACCUGCUUAAUCAAAACCUCAGAAGCAAUGAAAGCAUUGUACUUCUUGGCCAGCUUCUUGAUGAGCUUCUUGUUCUUGUUCAACUUCUUCAAGUCAUCAACAGACAUGGCAUCGACACCAAGAGACUUAGCUCUGUCGACAUCGAAAGCAUCACCAAAAAUACAGAUGGUCAUGUUAGGUCUUGGAACUUGAGGAAGCUUCAAGGUACCAGAGAAACGCUUGUCUCUCUGUGGGUCGUAGUUCUUAAGACCAACUUGCAAUUCAACGGUCUCCAAGAAGUUUCUCUUCUUGGUCUCGUUAGAGAACUUCAAGAUCUCCUUGACGUUGUCUCUCACUUGGGUGGUGCUGACUUUGGACAUUCUUUGUGA